AUGUCUUCCAAACCCUUCAGGCCUUGCUCUUUGGACGUACUUAUAUAUGUCCUUGCACCACAUUAUUAUAAUGCAGAAGAACUGGGUAUGAUUGAGAGUUUCCAAGAACAGCAACACCAACUACUGCAUCUCCAACAUGAAGAAGAGGCCAGUACGUCAAAGUCAAAGCCAAAGCCAAAGCCAGAGAAAGAAAUAACGGUGACCCCAAAAAGGCAGCGCAAAAUGCAUGACGAGGAGGAAAGGCCCACUCCCUCAUGGGCCUCGUCAGUGAAUAAAAAACCAAGAAACACAAAGAAUGCAGCACCACCAUCUUCAUCUUCAUCUUCAUCUUCAUCUUCAUCUUCAUCGCCGCAGUCACCACUGCCACCGUCACCACCGUCGUCACCAUCGCCACCGCCACCAGUACCAGCACCACCAUCUUCAUCUUCAUCUUCAUCUUCAUCGCCGCUGCCACCACCGGUUCUGCCUGAUGAAUUCAAGAACCGUAUGAGAGAGUUAAACGGCAGCGACGUGCAAUUUGUGAUGAGGAAGAAUCUCUCCAAGACAGAUCUGAGCGCGAAUCACAACCGUCUAUCAAUGCCGAUGAAAGAAAUACGUUGCGAUUUCCUGACUGAGGCUGAGAAGGCAACAUUGCAAGAGAGAGAAAGCUGUAAAGGAAGACUUCGGGGUGUUGAAGUGAAGGUGUUGGAUCCAUCUCUCAGGGAAUAUACUUUGAUACUGAAGAGGUGGGAGAUGACGAGCACGAGCAUCUACUGUCUCAUCAAAGACUGGAAAAUCGUUCUCUCUCAUAACAGUUUGCAAGAAGGAGACCAACUUCAAAUAUGGUCUUUCAGAGUGGAUGGCAAAUUAUUUUUUGUAUUAAAUAAACUCUGA